AUGUCAACUCCACCUCAACAACCAAACCAAUCACAACCAACUCAAUCACCACCAAUAAUAACAACACCACAAACAACUACAACUACAAUAUCAUCACCUAUAGCACAAACCACUAUACCUGCUAGUGGUGUUGGAUCAUCAAGUGCAAAUGCAGUAACAUCAACUCCAUCACCAACAACUACAACUUCUACAGCGCCAUCUACACCAACCCCAACACCAACACCAACACCAAACCCAAAUACAACAUCAUCAAUAUCAACAUCAACUCCAACUCCAACUACAACAACAACAACAAUUUUAACACCACCACUUCCUCAAAAUACUACAACACCAAUUACAGCAGUUCCAUCAUCAGCAUCAGCAAUACCAAUUACAGCAACAACAACAAUAUCCCCAAAUACAUCAUCAAAUAUAACAGCAUUACCAACAACACCUACAACACCAAACAUAACACCUACAACAACAGCAGCAACAACAACUACUACAACAACACCAACAACAUCAUCGUCAUCAUCAACUACAAACGCGCCAACAUCAAAUGAAGUAAAAUCAGCACAAACAAAAGAUAAAUAUGAUUUAGCGGUACUUAAUUAUUUAAGAAAAAAAGGAUACACAAAUGCAGAGGCAAUAUUAAAACAAGAAAUAUUUAAUUCAAGUCAAUCAAUGUCAUCACCAAUAUCACCAUCAGACGAUGAAGCAACCAAUACCACCACUACCAAUCAAACCAAUAUUAAUACAGUUACAGAUAAUUUAGGAUCAUCAGAUGAUCAAGAAUUAGCACAAUAUCUUCAUAUGUAUAAUAGUAGCAAUAAAGGUGAUACAUCUAAUCCUCAAAACUAUUUAGAACAAUAUAAAAAACUUGGUAAUUGGAUUCACAGUUCUUUAGAUAUCUAUAAGAAUGAAUUACUCUCAAUCUUAUAUCCAGUAUUUGUUCAUUCAUAUAUCGAUUUAAUCACAAAAGGUUAUCCACAACAAGCUAGAGAAUUAAUGGAAAAAAUUGGUCCUGAUCAUGAAGAAUAUUUUGGUGAUGAUUUAAAAUUAUUAAGAGGUAUUAGUAAUACUGAUCAUUUAAAAGAAAAUGAAUUAGUUGAUUUAUUUAGAAAUAAUAGAUGGAAUAUUAAAAUGUGUGCAUAUUCAUUUGAAUUGUUAAUGUCAUUUUUACAUCAAAGUAAUUUCAUAUUAUUAUUAGGAUUAAUUAAUCAAUAUAUUCAUAUCAAUGUAAGUAAUCUUAGACCUGGUUUCAUUGAUGAUGAACAAUAUUCAAUAUCAUUUCAAUCAGAGAAAGAUGCUGGUGAUUUAAAUUCAACACCAAUCAAUUAUCAUGCAUUUAAACCAGAAUUUGAGGAUGACGUAUUAGUACAACAAAAAGAGAAACAACAAUUGGAACAAGGUAGAAUCUUACCAUUAACUGAUCCAAAUGCACCAUUACCACCUGUUGUUGCUCCACCACCACCUCCACCACCAACUUCUGGUUAUAUUCCAAAAUUAAAGAAAAAAGAUAAAAAAAAAAAAGAAGUUAAAGACGAAAGAAUGUCAAAAAUUGAAUCAAAUGUACCAAUUCCAAAUUUAACUGAAAGAUUUGAAAAUGAAUUAAUGGAAGAUUUUACAAAAUGUGUUUCAUUAUCAUCUAGUCAUUUACCAUCAAUUUGUUUUUAUACAAUUUUUAAUACUUAUCAAGGAUUAAAUACAACAGAUAUUUCAAAGGAUGCACAAUUAGUUGCAGGUGGUUUUAGUGAUAGUUCUGUAAAGAUUUGGAAUUUAAAAGAAAUGAAAGAACAAAGAUUACAACAGCAACAGCAACAACAACAACAACAGCAACAACAACAAAAUUCAAAUCAAAAUGGUUAUUUUGAAAAUGGUAAUUUUGCAUCAUCAGCAUCAUCAGCAUCAUCAGCAAUGAAUGGUAGUGGUAAUAAUAAUGAAAAUAAUAAAUCAACAACUGCAAAUAAUAAUUUAAAUAGUGGUAGUAGUAGUAGUAGUAACAAAUUACAAAAACAACAAAAAGAAUCAGAAUUUAAAACAUUUUUAGGUCAUUCUGGACCAGUUUAUGGUUGUUCAUUCUCACCAGAUUCACAAUAUUUAUUAUCAUGUUCAGAGGAUACAACAGCAAGAUUAUGGAGUAUGGAAACAAUGAGUAAUUUAGUUUGUUAUAAAGGUCAUAAUUUCCCAGUUUGGGAUGUAUCUUUUAGUCCAUUUGGUUUCUAUUUCGCAACAGCAUCUCAUGAUCGUACUGCAAGAUUAUGGACAACCAAUCAUAUAUCACCAUUACGUAUUUUCACUGGUCACCUUUCAGAUUGUAAUACAGUACGUUUUCAUCCAAAUAUCAAUUACUUAGCCACUGGUAGCAAUGAUAAAUCUGCACGUCUUUGGGAGAUUCAAACCGGUAAAUGUGUGCGUAUUUUCAUGGGUCAUCGUGCCCCAAUUUACACUGUUGCCUUCUCGCCAGAUGGUAGAUUAUUAGCAACCGCUGGUGAGGAUACAAGUGUUAUCCUUUGGGAUUUAUCGACAGGUAAAAAGGUUAAAAAAAUGGAUGGUCAUACAAAAUGUGUUUACUCUUUGGAUUUCAGCUGUGAUGGUAGUAUACUUGCUAGUGGUUCCUCUGAUUGUACAGUACGUUUAUGGGAUGUUAAAAAAGCUUUCAAUAGUUCCCUCUCAACUCAACCAUCAUCAUUAAUUAAUGAUGAAUCUAGAAAAAGAAAAACACUUAAAUCAAAAUUAUUCUCUGAUGAACUUUUGGAAACUUAUCCAACAAAACAAACUCCAGUUUAUAAUGUUUGUUUCUCAAGAAGAAACUUAUUAUUAGCUUCUGGUGCUUUUAAUACUUUAACUGCUUUUGAUAAAUUUUAA